CCUUACGCAGCUCCGGCGCACCAUAUAAAAUCCUCCCCGGCAUGUCCACCUGCGCUCCUCCACGCACAGCAGCGAGGUCGAGAAGUCGUCGCCACCGUCGCGGAGCGGAUCCGCCGCGCGCGCGCUCUCAGCUCGAGCCCCUCGCCGGCCGCGAGCCCUAAUUUUUCGAUUCCGCCGUCGAUUCGACCGGAGGAAGGCCCCGGAGUCGGAGGUAGAGAGAGAGAGAGAGAGAGCAAGAGAGAAAGGGAUUCGAAUCUGAGGAGAAAUGGUCGGGGACGAGGGCGACACUCCUACUAGGUAUGAACUGUUGAGUAUGGUGAAGAAGCACUCCAGUUUAAUAGGGAAGACGAAUGUCGAGGAGCAAGACCCUUCGGAUGUCGAAAUGGAUCCAAAGUUCUGGCAUGAUGUUUUUGAUUUUUAUUUUAUCCGUGGGAAGGAGUCAAGGGGGCGGCAGGAUGAUGACCUUCUUUUUUUUGUCAGAAAAAUGAGGACACACGGUGAUCCGUCGAAUGAGAGUCCAGAUGGUGUAUCUCCCUACUUCGUACGCAGGUGGGCUUCUGAGUUGGAUAAGUUACUCGGUGAUAGUUCUGAUGAAGUGGACUGGAGGCGCUCCUUUUAUUUGAAUUUGAUUGCGCACACCUCCUUUACUGUGACAGUUGCAAUUUGCAGCCAUGAAGUCCUCAGGAACCAUCAAUCAGGACAAGAUACACCACUGUCUCCAAUAUAUAAGGUUGUGAAAACUGUUUAUGCAUCUCCUAGUCGUGUCAAUUUCCAUUUGGACUCAAAAAAGGAAGUAGAGACAACACCUGCCUAUCCAGAUAUCUGUUUUGCUGUUGACGACUUUGACUCCACGUUUGAUGCAGUGGUCUUGUCAUCAACAGACCAUUGCUACUGUGUUCUACUAAAUGCUCAUGAUGGAGCAGCAUUUCCUACGCAAAAGGAGCAAAAUGAUUGUAUUUCCAGUAGUGAUACUCCUCUGCGAACUGAGGCAAGUUCUGGCAACUCCAAGAGCAUUAAGAUUACCCUUUUUUCAGGAUUUGUCAGCUAUCAAAUGGUUAGAGAAGCAUACAAUGCUGGAAAGUCUCAAUUUGGGGGCCUCUGGUCACUUGGCCAUUCACUUGGUAAACAAGAUCGCCUUUAUAUGAAAGGACCUGGAGGACGUGGGGAAGUUGAGGUUGCUGUUUCUGGUGUUAUCGAUCAAAGCAAUGAGGAUGUGGGCCCCUUUUCACCAGUUUCUGUAUCUAACAGAGGAUUUGGGAUUGGCUCAAUCGUUCGGAAAGCGGCAUCUGUGGCAUCUGUGGCAGCUAAGCAUGCAUAUGCUGUAGCCUCAGCUACCACUAGUCAUGAUGAUGAACUGAUGAUACCCCUAAAAUGCUGCUUGAUGUCUAUAUCUCUACCAUGGGAACACAUUGCUUACGAUCUUCUUUUCAAGUUGUCAUGGGUUUAGGGAAGUCCUCCAGUGAACUUAUAAGCAUUCAGGAAAAUCGGACAAGAAUGCCCAUCUGCAAAGAAAAGCUUAAGGGGACCUAUCUGUAGGAGAUAUAAGAGUUGGAAACUGCUAGAUGGUGUUUUUAGAAUUUAAUUGAUCAACUCUCCCCUCCCCCCUUCUUUUUUAACAUUGACUUCUUCUUUUUUGGGUCAAACCCUUUAGUUGUUAUGUGUUGGAAACAAAUGUAAGUGUGGUCAUAGAUCAGUGGACAAUCUAUGUUUUAAAUGUCAAGGGGAAAAAGGUAAUUUGCUAUCCCUAUACCCUGAUUUGUAGCUCAGUUGAAUGGGCUUAAUUAUUCAUUGGGCGCAUGGCAAAGACAGUUUUUUGUAA